AUUUUUGGAGGUUUUGCAUUUGGGAGUGAGAAUAGAAGGUUUUAGAGGUGUUUUGAGAGUAUAGAAUUAGAUUUUAGGCUUUGGGAUGUAUUUUGGAGGCAUAAACUAUGUUUUUUCUAGUUAAAUGGGUAGUACAUGUUGCAAUACGAGAAACUUGGAAAACGAUUCCGAGGUAAGUAGAGAUACUCAACAUCUCCCAAUAAGAAACGAAGGAUGUUGUAGCGACUUUGCCUUAUGUCAAAGAACAGUAGACUCUGCUGCUUUCACAUUUAAGAAUGAAGACAUCAUGCAAGGAACUUUUAGAGGACUUACAAACGGGAAGCCGAUAUCAAAGCUUGACAUCAUCCUUUACCAUGGAGAAUACUAUUUAGAGAAAGGGUACAAGCUACCUCAGGGCCAAGGGAAAGGAACUUUUCACAACUUCCAUCCAGUUUCAGGAGUCAAAGCAGACACUUAUGUCUACGAAGGCCAGUGGAACAGUGGUCUCCCUCAUGGUGAAGGAACCUUAUCAUGAACAUGGAGCAUCCCUACCUCAGAUUCUGGACUCGAAGAGGACAAUCAUACCGUUACAUACAAGGGUGCCUUCAAGUACAGCAAAGUUCAUGGAAGAGUCACAGUUGAGAGAGAGGAUGGCUUAUUUGAAGGAAAAUAUCGCAAUGGAAAGCUACAUAAAAUUCAUCAAAAAGACGAUGUGUCUUCUGACACAAACGAAUUUGAUAAUUAG